CCUACUGCCAAUUAAGGAAUCAAACUUGCUCUGCCUCUGACAGCAAAUAAUCAUAUAUAAGAGAAAGGGUACAAGUCUUGAUGAAGGGUACAUACCAGAGUCACCCCCAUCAACAAAGAACACCUGACUAUAUCCAACAGACCGCGUACUAAACCCGAAUUUGACGAGAAAGACUACCAUGCCCACCGGCCUGAUCGUAUGCAGUCAACGGACGCCCCGAGCCGGGCUCCAAAUCAGCACCUUCAUUCACGAGACCAUCAAGCAAUCCUACCCAGCAGCAGACAUUAUAGUCAUCGACCUCGCCGAGUGGAACCUCCCUCUGUAUAAUGAGCCGGGGAUCCCGUCGCGUAUCACCUCUGCUGAUGGUUACGUCCACGAGCACACCAAGGCUUGGUCGCGGGAAAUCUCGCACUACGAUUCGUUCAUCUUCGUCACACCCCAGUACAACUGGGGUUACCCUGCCAGUAUCAAGAAUGCAGUCGAUUAUCUCUUCAAUGAAUGGAAAGGAAAACCAGCGAUGAUUGUCAGCUAUGGGGGUCAUGGGGGUGGCAAGGCUGCAGUGCAGUUGCAGCAGGUGCUGCAGGGGUUGAGAAUGGUACCGUUGGAGAAGACGGUUGGGUUGGUGUUUCCUGAGAAAGAGGCUGUGGCGCGUGCUUCGAAAGGGGAAGAUCUAGGGCUGGAAAGGGAGGGCGGUUUCUGGGCUGGAGAGAAGGAGAAGAUUCAAGGGCUGUUCGCGGAGCUGCUAGAAUCAGUAGAGAAGUUGGGAUGAGCGUGUCAUCGGAUGUAUGGAAGAGUGGUUUAUGACGAGUGACACGGCUGGUCUCAUGUUUUUGUCAUUCAUACAUCUGGAUAAACGAUGCACUGUGCCGAAAGCUAUCAGACUGAUUCGAAGCUGAGACGGCCAUGUUGUGGUCGGACAGGUAAUCACCUGUCAUUAGAAUGUCACCUAGCCUUGCUGAUAGCAGAUGUCUCCUGUUCAUAUAAUGGAAUGCGG